AAACAGACCGCGAAGAUGGCAAUGAUGGUGUUUCUGGCAUCACUUCUUCCAGCUGUACUGAUGAGUGAAUGCAAUCAGGAUGACAUCGACUGCUCUGACGUCUACAACUCAGGAAGAACGGUCAGCGGGAUCUACUCCAUCUAUCCUGCAGGAGAUGUUCCCGUCUCGGUUUACUGUGACAUGAUCUCAAGUGGAAGCAAUGAAGAUAAAGGAGGAUGGACGGUGAUUCAGAGGAGAAUGGAUGGCAGCGUGAAUUUCUAUCGGCCGUGGAAUCAGUACAAGAGAGGAUUUGGGAAUAUAGAGAGUGAAUACUGGCUGGGGCUGGAGAACAUGUAUCAGCUGACACGAAACAGGAAGUACAUGCUGAGAGUGGAUCUGGAGGACUUUCAAAACAAUACAGUUUUCGCUCAGUACUCGUCCUUCUCUGUGGAGGGUGAAGAUGAAGGCUAUAAACUACAUGUUUCUGGAUUCAAAGAUGGAGGAGCACACGACUCUUUAAAUGACCAUGACGGCAAGAAGUUCACCACCUUAGACAACGACCAAGACUCCGAUUCUGACCACAACUGUGCCAGACGUCGUCUAGGAGCAUUUUGGUACAAAGACUGCAUGAAGACAAACCCCAAUGGUGUGUAUGUAUGGGGGCAAUACGACAUCUAUGGUGGGAUUGGAAAUGUGUGGUCAUCCUGGGAGGGUUAUCAUAUGGGUAUGAGAUCCAUCAGCAUGAAGAUCAAACAUGUCCCAUAGAAACAUUGUCGUGUUUGUCAGAAAUGCACAACACUGAUCAAAUUAUUGUUAAUCAAUGAGGGUUAGCUCUUCUCUAUUACCUGUCUAACUUCUUAUAUCAUGAGCAAUCACAAAAAUGUGGUGUCUUUCUUAGUAGUUUUCACGUGACUUUUAGAGGACAAAACCAAGCUGUGCCUGUUAUUUUUAUACAGAUUGU